AUGUUUGAUGUUAAUGAACGACAAGGUGGCUCUAUAUUCUCAUGGAUCAAAGAUAAAGCACUUCCGUGGAUCAAGUCUAAUUGGGGUCUCCUCAAACCUGUAGCUUCAGCUCUUGCUGACGUUGCUGUACCUGCUGCUGCAACUUUUUUCGGUGCACCACAAGCUGGACCAGCUGCUAACAUGGGUCUAAAAACAUUGACCGGUGUUGGUGUAUCUUCUAAGAGCGGUAAGCUAGUUAAAGAAUCUGCCGAAGCGAAAGCGCAUAUGGCGGCGAUCGUUCCCGCCGUAAAGGUGGUUCCUUUAGGUUGA